UUUCUCUACUGGCUCUUCAGAGGAGCAGCACAGUUGGCUGAAUCAUCAGGACUUAGACUCUGGCCUGUAUUUGUUCCUCUCCACAAAUCCUGGGUCUCUUGGUUGGUAUCUGAAGGUGUGAGCCAAUUUUCAACUGCAGAGUUUGAAGAAAUUUAGAAGAAGGCACAGUCUUUGCUCUGCCAUCCAUGCAUAAGUGUGAGAAGUCAGGACAGGCAGACACAGGAUCACAGCAACUAUGGCCUCAUCAGUCCUGGAGAUGAUAAAGGAAGAAGUGACCUGCCCAAUCUGUCUGGAGCUCUUGAAGGAAUCUGUGAGUGCUGACUGUAACCACAGCUUCUGCAGAGCCUGCAUCACACUGCACUAUGAGUCUAACAGAAACCCAGAAGGGGAGGGCAACUGCCCUGUGUGCCGAGUUCCUUACCUGUUUGAGAAUCUGAGGCCUAAUCGACAUGUUGCCAACAUAGUAGAGAGGCUCAAGGGAUUCAAGUCCAUCCCAGAGGAGGAGCAGAAGGUUAAUGCCUGUGUAGAACAUGGAGAGAAACUCCAGCUCUUCUGUAAGGAGGACAUGAUGGCCAUCUGCUGGCUUUGUAAGCAAUCCCAGGAGCACAGUGGUCACCAAACAGCUCUCAUUGAAGAGGUCAACCAUGAAUACAAGGAGAAGCUACAGGCAGCUCUGCAGAAGCUGAUGGAAAAUGAGAAAAGAUGUGAUGAAUGGCAGGAUGACCUUCAGCAACAGAGAGCUGACUGGGAGAACCAAAUACACAGUGAUAUAGAAGACAUUCAGAUAGAGUUUAAUGGACUAAGAGACCUCCUAGACUCCAAGGAGAAUGAGAAGCUGCAGGAGCUGAAGAAAGAGAAGGAAGAGGUUAUGGAAAAGCUGGAAGAGUCUGAACAUGAGCUAAGGGAGCAGAGGGAGUUGGUGAGAGACCUCAUCUCAUAUGUUCAGCAUCAGUUGGAGCUGUCAGUCAUGGAAAUGAAGCAGGGUGUAAAUUAUGUCCUGACAAGCAUUCAGACCAUGACACUGAAGCAGCCCCAAAUAGUUCCCCCAAAAAGAAGAAGAGGAACAUCCAAAGCUCCACAUUUGAAAGGCAUGCUACAGUCAUUUGAAGGGCUCAUGGAUGUUCAGCAAUACUGGGUUCAUAUGACUCUACAUGCAAGGAACAAUGCAGUCAUUGCCAUUAACAAAGAAAAAAGACAAAUACAGUAUAGAAGUUACAAUACGGUUCCAGUUUCUGAGAUCUACCAUUUGGGUGUCCUGGGAUAUCCAGCUCUUUCCUCAGGGAAGCAUUACUGGGAAGUAGACAUAUCUAGAAGUGAUGCCUGGCUCCUCGGAUUAAAUGACGGAAAGUGUGCUCAACCCCAACUUCACUCAAAGGAAGAAAUGGGCAUCAAAAAAAAAUAUCAUUCUCAUAUUAAACAAAAUGUAACGUUUCAGCCUAAAUGUGGCUACUGGGUUAUAGGGAUGAAGAAUUCAUCUGUAUACAAUGCCUUUGAUGAGUGUUCUAUCACCCACAAUUCCAGUGUCUUGGCCCUCUCUCUGCCUGAUCGUCCCAGUCGUGUAGGAGUUUUCCUGGACCAGGAAGUUUGCACUCUCUCAUUUUAUGAUGUUUCUAACUCUGGAGCUCUCAUCUAUAGAUUCUAUGACCCUUCCUUCCCUGUUGAAGUCUAUCCAUAUUUUAAUCCUAUGGAAUGUUCAGAGCCAAUGACAGUAUGCGGACCACCAUCCUAAACCCUCACCUAUACCUGUGCAGUGCCCCCAUGUCUCCGCUGCAUCAUUCUAACUUUUUUGUCUUGGGCCCUUUAUUGUAAUGACCUUCACUUCUAAUCCCAAACCACUGUGGAUUCAUUUCCUUGAUCCAGUAGCUUGUCUGCUCACAAGAUGAUUACUGUCAUUUGUCAUUUCCAAUAUUUCCCCCCCCCCAAAAAAAUAGCUGUUCCCUCACUAAGUGAAAUAGAGCCCCUGAUAAUGCCAUCUCUGUAGGAACGCAGUCAAAAGAAUGACUCACAGUGAACAAUGUCUUAGUUACCUGUGAGAGAGGCCCCAGAAAAAAAGAAGAAAAAAAAGGGCAGAGAGCCUUCAACCUCAAGGACAUUUUUGUUCCCUGGAUUGCUUUGGAUGUGAAUUUGGGCCUCCUGCAAAAAGAACAUCUGCAUUCAAUUUUUAAGAUACAUUUACUCUUGUUCAAUAUCAGAAUAUAGCUAUAGAACCCAUUCCUGUGCAAGGCUAUACUGAGUGCCAGCCUCAGUGUACACUGGUUCUGAAUAUGGGCUUAUGCCUUGAUUUUGUGAUUUCCAAGAUAUAUUUUAUAGUAUAGUGCCAGACAAUUGUGCUUAUAUAGUCUGCCCUGAUAAAGUUGUAGGAAAGUUUUCCUCUGUGAAUAUUUAUGAAUAGUAUGUUCUUACUGGUAUCUAUUUACAUGUUUUACUGAUUAUGUUUUUCUAAACUCAAAAAACCUUCAGGAGUACUCUUGUAUAUUCAUAUAUAAAAGCACAUUUUGAAACUGAAGUAAUGUUGUCUAUAGGAUUAGGCUGUAGUCCCCUGCUUCUUUGAGACCAAUUCUGCAAACACCAGGUCGUACAGACAGAACUACCUAGGUCCACAACGGUAAACAACUUUCCUUCUUGUGGUGACAGAGAUAGAAGCCAGGGCUUCGUGAGUGCUUAUGAGUUGCUCUACCACUGAGUUACUUGCCUCAGUUCUGUCAGGUCUCUAUAGCCACAUUCUUUCUGUCACUGACAAAAGAUGAGAGAAAAUUCUUCUCCAACGUGUCUAACAGUUUAGGAAAUUAUAUGUAGGUGUCUCUCUUUAAAGAAUGGGCCUUAGCAGAAGGUCAGUUUAACCACAAUACUUGUGUUUCAUGAAAGAGUUAAGAAGGAAAGAUCUCAAAUGAUAUCUACUAUGACCAUGUGUUUAGAGUACCCAGGUUCUAAUCCUGCCUCUCCACAUAGCAGUGCAACCUUGAAUAACAUUUUUUCAAGCUUAUGUUUGCUUGGGUUUUUUCUUUUGGUUCAUUUUUCUUGUUUGUUUUUCAGUUUUGGUAUAAAUAGUACCUCUAUAUUGCAGGUCAUUGUAGGAAAAUAAAUUUGAAAUCUUUAGAAGGCUCUGGGAGUAAAAGCCCUUUCCUCUAUGAGUGAUGAACUGAGUUAACUUACUCAGACCAUCUUGGCUGAAGGAGGCAGCCAGCUCUGAGAGAUGAUCCUCUCACUGCACAAAUAUACUACAGAACAACUAGGCUAAAACACACACACAAAUGAGAAAGGAUUGUGGAAUUUUUAGCAAAAGAAGUUCAAUACUUACAAUGCAUCCAGUACACAUUCAGUAGGUGGUAAUUGUGCUAAUUACUGUGUAAAUGUGCUGUACUUAUGUUCUAUGUGACACUUUGUAACUGGAGAAACUAAGAUAUAGCUCUUCUCAUGUCUUGAUGUUAGGUUCUGUGAACUGCCACCAAGACUACUCUAAUAUCUUGUAGAUAUGUAUGAUUUUUUUUUGUUUUCACACUUAUUUUUUAAGAAGGUAUUUGUUUAGCUGUAUUUGUUAUCAAGUAAGCUAAAGUCUAUGAUUUUCUAUUUUAUAAUGAAUGAUAAUGAUGACAAUGAUACCCAUAACCAUACCUGCUGUUGUGUUGUAAAAUGUAAACAAUAGAAUGUUUCUAGGAACUCCUAUUGCUUCUAGCAUAUAAGGGAUGUCCAUAUGGUAUCUGUAAAGUUUUUUUCUCCCUUUUAAUAGGACCAUAAUAAAGUAUCAUUGGAAUGACAAA